AUGUGCUUCAUCCUUGAGUGGAAAACAGGAUUUGCACAUAGAAAAGUAGCCCCUGAUGUCUUUUGGAGCAUUCUGGAGCAUAUGGGACGUGAGGAGCAUGGAAGGGACUUGGCGCAUGGACGCAGCUCAACUGGAUACGCAAAGGAAGAAGGAGGAAGCCAUCUUGAAGACCAGCUCGACCAUCUACUCGACCAACCGGUCGAGUUCCUCAACUCGACCGGCCAAGCUUCAACUCGAUCGAGCUGA